AUGAUUGAUUUCCUUCUCGCGCUCCAAAUCUAUCUAUCCGCUUCUCAGGGCCAAGUGGUUGAUAAGAUAGAGAAGACGGCAGAGGUGGCAAUCGAGGUGAUCGACACGGUGGCGGAGGCGACAGAGAAGGUCGCCGGCGAGGUCGCUGACGCAUUCCCCGGCAACGAAAAUCUCAAGGAAGCAGCCUCGAGGAUUAAGACGGUCACGGAUGCGAUCGAGGAAGAUGCCGAGAAAGCCGAGGCCCUAAUCGAGAAGGGGAUAACUAUUGUGAUCGCUUAUAUUGAUCAGGUUGACGAGAUAAAGAAACAAGUUGAUUCAAUUGUUGAUCCUAUAAUCGACAAGGUUGUGAAGGAUAAUAAAGAAGCAUAG